AGGAGGGGCCGCCGCGACCGGCUCCGCCCGCCCGCCCGACGCGUGAGCCGCCACCUGGAACUCCCUGUGGUGCUGCCGCAGCCUCCACUUGGGCCGUCUCGCAGCGUCUCAGAAGUCGUCUCGCCUUGGCUUUAACCAAACUGGAGCUUUUUCAGGAGGAGGAGGGACCCUUAAGAUGGGUCCGCCGGGCUGCCUCUGCGCGGCACCCCGCGCCGUCGUCCUGCCUUUGACUUGGAAGGAGUCCGUGCAGGCUCUCCUGCUUCUUUAGCGGCGGCUGCCCCGGCCCCCACCAAGACCCUCCUGGACGACCUGGAGGGACCCUGGCUCCUUGUCCGGCCGACUUGGAGUUACAAGCCCUGAGCGGAGCGCCCCCGACUGCCGCUCUCUGUCACCCCCAUCCAUCCUCCCGGCCUCCUUCCUUCCUUCCAUCCGUCCACCCUUCUUUCCUCCCACCCACGCGUCCAUCCACCGUUUUCUGCUUCCCUCCUAAUGUGCAUUCCCUGCAGAAUGAGGAGUGGGUGGUGGGUAUCAGCAAGGGAGGGCUGGGAUUUCCAUUGGGUCCUUCUAGCAGAGCUGAGGUUUGCUGGGACUGUGUUGCCCUCCAGGCCGUUACCUCUUUCUCUGGAAGCCCGAGGGCAGGGCUGCCUCCCUGUGGCUGGCUGCGUGCCUGUGCGUGUUGAGUGUAGGUUCUUUUCCUUAUGUCUUGGUUUCAGCUGCUUCGAAAAGGAUUGCUAAGGAUAUUUCGCAAUAGUUUCCCUCCUUCCGGUACCUCUCUUUAAGCGGGUCAGGGAGUAUCUGGGAGCAAAUGAUGCCAGCCUUGGGUGGCCUGAAGCUGGCGCUCUGCCUGUGUUCCCUGCAGUCUAGAGGAAGCAGGGAGGGCCAUAGGAUGUGGGAGGAGACGGAUCCCCGGACCCCGCUGCUAAGGGAACUUCUUCGCUGGGCUCCUUGUGCCUGCCCGGUCCUGCCUCGGUCAGAUAACUAGGAAAAGUACCAGACACGCGCUGCCACAGCAAGCUUAUUGCCCCCAAAGCAGGAUUACCAGGAAAAGCGUCUGCCAGCUAACUGUUUGCCUGGAGAACCUGUGGUCCCGGCAAAAAGAGGGUUCCCCUUCCUGAGAAGUUCGCUGUUUCCUUUUCUGGGGCCCACGGGGCUUAUGCACAGGGCCAGCAGGACUGAGUUAGCUGUUCUGUUAAACCAGCCAGAAGAGAUACUCUCCGCCUACAAGGUUACGUUUCCUAUUGUAUGACCUCCCUACGUGCAGUUGCUCUUUAUUUUCAAGUUUCGCUGUGUCUUAUAAUUGCAGUUUCAGACUAAGCAGUCAGUCACGACCUUUUGCUUUUUUACAAACGGUGGCAAGUUUUAUCUUGGAAAGAGGGCUUCGAGUUUCCGUCAACUUGCUAUUAAGCGCAUUCCCAGGUCUGUAUUUUACCCCAAGCACCAGAAGUCCCGGACGUCAAGAUUAGCGCUGGCUUAUGAGAAGAACUGAGACGGACAGUGGAGCGGUGACCCCCGCGCCCACUUGGAGGCAGUGACUCGCCUGCUCCAUCUUCUCCCAUUUUUCUCUAGUAUUUCAAAGCAGAUCUGAUCGUGAGACGGAAACGGAGAACGUUCUUGCUGAUGUGCCUUAACCUGGAGCUCAGGAGAGUGCUUGGCAGUGGCUGAAGGUCAUGGACGCGAUGUUUGCCCGGGGGCUGAAGAGGAAGUACGCCGAGGCCCAGGAGGCCCAGGAGGCCGCGGCCGUGCCCGCCUACGGCCUGCAGCGGCAGUCGCUCCUGGACAUGUCGCUGGUCAAGCUCCAGCUCUGCCACAUGCUGGUGGAGCCCAACCUGUGCCGCUCCGUCCUCAUCGCCAACACGGUCCGGCAGAUCCAGGAGGAGAUGAGCCAGGACGGGAGCUGGCGCGGGGCGGCGGCACCGCAGGCCGCGGGGCGGGCGCCACUCGAGCGCCUGGUCUCCACGGAGCUCCUGUGCCGCUCGGGGGCCACGGCCUCUGAGCUCUGCGCCCGCCCGACAGCUCCGGAGCCGAGGGGCCCGAGGAGCGGCGGGGACGAGGGCGCCGACCCGCGCGGAGACGGAGGGCGCGUUCCGACGUCGCUGGAUCAGAUAUUGGAAACUCUGGAGCGCAGGAGCCCCGGCUCCGGGGACGAGCUCUUUGCGGCCGUGGACGGCUCCUACUACGACCUGGACGCCGUGCUGACGGGCGCGGCGGCCCACGAGGGCCUGGAGGCCUUGAGCCCUGCGGCCGCCGCCCCUCCCGGCUGCAAGUCGGACCUGGGCGAGCGGGACCACGUGGUGGAGAUCCUGGUGGAGGCCUGAGCCGCUGCCGCCGAGUGCUGGUGUUGGCACGCAGCCCCCGGAAACAGCCGAGCACCCGUGUGCGUGCCCGCUGUGCCCGCAGCCCUGGGCCAGCCCUGCGGUUCGGGGCCCACCCGCCCCCGGGCUGGGCAGUCUUCCUGCGGGCAGGUGGUCCCGCCGGCCCCCCGGGGCGUCCCCCGAGGCCUGUUUCGGCUCCGAGGAAGAGGAGGAGGACGGGCCCCCAGCUGUGUCCGGCCUCGUCCAGCGUUAGAUAGGUGACGCUUCUAAAAUUGUUGUACAUGUUUUGGGCAAUAUUUGGUCUUGAGAUAUAUUUUUAAACUUUUUAUACUUUUACCACUUUAGGUUUUUUAGCUAUUUUCUUAAAACACAUUUUUUCUAUACACAUCCUCUGCUGCUACAUUAGAAACUUUUGUAACCUGAA